UGUGUGAAAGAAGGAGAGACGGUUAGAGAAAAAGAAGAAAAAUGGCUGGUAGCUUUUGUUUGUAAGUCAAUGUGUGAUGAUGGCUUUGUAUGCUUUAAAUAGAGAGAUAAAUUAGCUGGUUUGGUUGAAAGGAUGUAGAAAAAUCGUUAGGUUUGUGACCCCCUUCCCUCACCCCUAUUUUUUAAAAAUUUUUAAAAAAUUUUCAAAAAUUUUUGAAAAAUUUUUGGAAUUUUUUUUUAUUUUUUCAGGACGAGAAUUAAUAUGAAUUGUUAAUUUAUUAUUAUUUUGUGUUUAUUUUAUGGCCAAAAUUCAAGAAAUGUCAUCAACAUCUUCAAGCAACGAACCCCCCUCACCCACAAACUCCACCGGAUUAAAUGGACAGAAUGGACCCGUAACGUUUUUUGUGCCGGCAAAUCAAAGAAACACUUCAAAAAUAUCGGCGGCUACACAUGCUGCGACAAUGAUGGUUAACAGCCUCCCAGCAGGCUUAGCAGCUCCUCAACAAAUCCCCCAAACUUCAACACAUGCAAUUGUUGCCGCGGUUAUUAACCCUGCUGGGCAGGGAAUUCUUCCACUUGGAUCGGCUAGUUCUGAACUUUUAUCAGCCUUUGAAUGUCCAGUUUGUUUAGAUUAUAUGCUACCUCCAUAUUUACAAUGCCAGGCAGGCCAUUUAGUUUGUGGAAAUUGUCGUCCAAAAGUCUCGGCGUGCCCUACUUGUAGAGGCCCAGUCCCGCACAUUAGAAAUUUGGGAAUGGAAAAAAUUGCAACAAAUCUUCAAUUUCCUUGUAAAUUUGCACAUUCUGGUUGUAAUCAAUUCUUUUUCCAUCAAGAAAAAGUUGAACAUGAAGAAAUUUGUGAAUUUCGUCCAUAUCAAUGCCCAUGCCCUGGUGCUUCUUGUAAAUGGCAGGGAGGAUUGAACGAUGUUAUGGGACAUUUAAUGAAAUUGCAUAAAUCUAUUACUACACUUCAAGGAGAGGAUAUUGUUUUUCUUGCAACUGAUAUUAAUUUGCCUGGAGCUGUUGACUGGGUUAUGAUGCAGUCUUGUUACAAUGCCUAUUUUAUGUUAGUUUUGGAAAAGCAGGACAAACAAGAACAAGGAGGAACAAGUUAUCAAAUGUUUUAUGCUGUAGUACAAUUAAUUGGAACUAAAAAAGAAGCUGAAAAUUUUGUUUACAAGUUAGAACUUUCAAAUAAUAGAAGGCGUUUAUUUUGGGAGGCCAGUCCAAGAAGUAUUCAUGAAGGAGUUGCAGCAGCUAUUGCCCAAUCAGAUUGUUUAGCUUUUGAUACAAGCCAUGCAAAUUUUUUUGCAGAAAAUGGAAAUUUGGGAAUUAAUGUUUGUUUCCUCUUUUUAUAUUUUUAUGGGCUGUCCUACAAUUAG